UGCCGUGAAACUGAGCAGAAAGUUCUGCUAAAAUAGAACUUUACGCCAAAGUGUAGCCAACAAAAUAAAUGAAUAAAUUAUAAAAAUUGUAUAUAGUAUAACAAAAGUAGAACACAGUGAUUUCCAACAUAUAAUACUCAUUAAAAGCCUUAAAGGUUUACAAAGCUACCAAAUUUGUUUUGCUUUUGAAAUUUUAACGUAAUUUUGCACGUAAAUUUUUUAAAAAUAAAACUUAUGUAAUAAUUGUGUAAUUGCUUUAAAAAAAAAGAAGACAAAAAUUUUGGUUAAUUUUUUCCAAAAAAAAAAAGGACUUGAUUAAUGGUCUUUUGUAAGUAGAACAAACAUUAAGGUGUCACGCAACUAAGCUACUAACCGAAAUUAGGUCUUUCUUUAAGUUCAACAAACAAUUAAUUGAAAACAAAUUUCUAAAAACUAAUUAAAACAUGUUAUAUUCUGUAAUGUUUUAUUUAACAAAUAUACCACGUUUACAUUUAUGGGCCUAUGCCACCCUGGCAUAUGUUAUAUAUUAUUUAUUACAAGUAGUUAAGCGUCCAAUUGUAGCCUGUGCCGAUGGACCAUUUAAAAAGUUUUUAUAUAAUAAUAUACCGACAUUAGAAAUGAAAUAUUGGCCCACAUUUUGGUGUUUUGAAAGUCGAGCCCAAACAGUAUUUGCUAGUAUUAUAAGAUCACAAGUAUUGCCAAAAAUUAAUUACAGAAGAGAAAUUCUGGUUUUACCCGAUGGUGGUGAAGUAGCUUUGGACUGGAUGGAAGACGGUUGCAGUAAAGAUGGUCCUUGUGUUAUUUUACUACCCGGUUUAACGGGUGAAUCUCAGGCUGAAUAUGUUAAAUGUUUAGUGGUUGCAGCCAAACAGUCCGGUUUGCGUGUGGUAGUUUUCAAUAAUCGUGGUUUGGGUGGUAUUGAAUUGAAAACUCCCCGCUUGUAUUGUGCCUCAAAUUGUGAAGAUCUAUCGGAGGUGGUUAAACAUGUGGGUAAAACUGUACCCAAAGAUAGACUGGGUGCAGCGGGUAUAUCAAUGGGUGGUCUUAUAUUGGGCAACUAUUUGGUGCGUAAAAGUGUGGAGGCACGUACUUAUUUGGCAGCCGCUAAAAUUAUUUCUGCCCCAUGGGAUGUACACAAAGGUACCGCCAGUAUUGAAAAGCCUAUUUUAAAUAAUUUAUUGGGUAGACAUUUGACCAACAGUCUGUGUAAGACUUUAAAAAGUUGUGAAAUUUUUAAAGAUGCUGAUAUUGAUAUGGACAAAAUUUUAACGUGUAAAACCAUCAAAGAAUUCGAUGCCUUAUUUACAUCAAAACAAUUUGGCUAUGCCCACGUAGAUGACUACUACUCCGAUGCUACACUACACAAUAAACUACACUACAUUACCGUGCCAUUGUUAUGCCUUAGCGCUGCUGACGAUCCAUUCCAACCCCUCGAAGCCAUACCCAUUAAGCCAGCCGAAGAGAGUACUCAUGUCGCCAUAGUUGUAACCGCUCGCGGUGGUCAUAUUGGUUUCCUGCAGGGAUGGUGGCCGUCAUCGAAAGAAGAGUAUAUGGGACGUUUAUUUGUAGAAUAUUUUACAACUGUUUUGUGUGAUAAAAUGGAUGAAUUUAAAAAAAUAACCAGCGAAAUGUUUGAAAAAUAUGAUGAACGAAAGUAUUUAUUUCCCACUGAAGAACUCGAUAAGAAGGUCGAUAUGAAAAUAUCCUCAUCGUUUUUGAAUUCGGAACAAUUAGAGGAGUUGUGCAAGGAAAUGUAGUUUGAUAACAAUUACGCAGUUACUUGAGAAGAGUAACAUUUUAUUAAGAAGGUCUUUUUUUGAACGAAGCAAAAAAAAAAAAAAAUUAGAAUAAUUUUGUAGUAGAAUUGGUUUCCUGCUAUACAUAUACUCGUACUAUAUACAAAAUGUUACUUAAAUUAGGUUGUUAUACUAAAUUUCUCAUUUUAAUGUUUCGCUCUGAAUGAUUAAUAUUUUUAUUGUGAUAGGCAGAAUCGAAAAGAAUUAAGACAUUUUUAAGCUAACUCUCCCUCUCUCUCUCUUUCUCUCUACUUCAUCUUAUUUCAACUUUUCAGCUGCAUUAGAUUUUAUGUAGUUCAUUUUAGGGGCAUUAGACAUCGAUCAAAAUCCUAAUAACAUAGAGAUUUCGUUCGAUCUUGGAAUAUCCUAAUUUGUGCUGUGUUUAUAGAUUUUAUGUUAAUCUUUAAAAAUCAUAUUUUCACAAAUAUCUUUUCAUUUUCUACUUUACAUAUUAAUAAUUUAUACUUUCAUAUGGACUGUAAUUUUGUGAUACUUAUGUCCUUAUAUCGUGAAAAAACUAUAUAAUUUUCAUUCCAAAAUAAGUCACAUAAUCAAAUUUCUUUUAAAUUCUAGUCAAAAAUUUUUGUAGUUUAUCAAAUUUCGCAUAAGUAUCGUAUCGUAUUUAAGAUUACGACAUAAGUAAUUAGUAAGAUAGAGAUAAAAAUUGGCCAUUUUUUAAUUAUUAGAACGUAAUAAAACUGUUUUUUAUCGUAAAGUGAUAAUUAUAUACAUAGUUAUAUCAAAUUGGAAGUUUUUUCGAUAAGUUAUCAGAAUUAUAUAGUUUGUAAUAGAUAUUUUAAGAAUACUUUAUUUAUUCGCUGUCAAAAAUGUAUUUCGAAGCGUCAAAUUGAUUAAGCAUUCCAUUAAAUUUUUAACAAAGUUAUAAAGUACUUGAAGGGCAGUAGUCGAAUUAUAGCAAUCUAUAGUGUCUUCUAUAGACACUGUCCUAUAUAAGAGUGUGUUCUACAGACACCUGCCCAUAAACGAGUGUCUUCUAUAGACCCUUGCCUAUAGAAGAUUGUAUUUUUUAUAUACUUCUCUAAAGAUGAGUGUCUUCUAUAGACACUUUCCUAUAGAAAAGUGUCUCUAUAAACACUUGUAUAGAAGAGUACUUUCUAUAGACAGUUGUCCAUGGAAGAGUGUCUUCUAUUGACAAUUGCCUAUAGAAGAGUGUCUUUUAUAGAAACUUCUUAAUAGAAAACUGUCUUCUAUAGACAUUAGCCUUUAGAAGAGUGUCUUCUAGAGUCACUUGCCUAAAGAAGAGUGUCUUCUGUAGACACUCUCCUAUAUAAGAGUUUCUUAUUGACACUUGCCUAUAAAAUAGUGUCUUCUAUAGAUUUUUGCCUAUAGAAGACCAGCUUAUAUAGUCACUUGCCUAAUGAAGGGUCAACAAAAAAUUCUCCUAUAGAAGACCAGCUUAUGAAAUUCUUAUAUAGACAUUUGUUUAUAGAAGAAUGUCUUAUCUACACAUUGGCCUAUAGAAGUGUGUUUUCCAUAGACACUUGCCUAUAGAAGAGUUCCUUCUAAAGACACUUGCCUAUAGAGAAGUGUCUUCUAUAGACAAUUGCCUAUAGAAGAGAGAAAAUUCUCCUAUAGAAGACCAGCUUAAAAAAAUUCUUCUAUAGACAUUUGUCUAUAGAAGAAUGUCUUCUCUAUACAUUCGCCUAUAGAAGAGUGUUUUCCAUAGACACUUGCCUAUAGAAGAGUUCCUUCUAAAGACACUUACCUAUAGAGGAGUGUCUUAUAAAGACACUUUCCUAUAGAAGAGUGUCUUCUAUAGACACUUGCUUAUAGAAUAAUGUUUUCUAUAGACCCUUGCCUAUAGAAGAAUGUCUCCUAUAGACACUUGCCUAUAAAAGAGUGUCUUCUACUGACACUUUCUAUAGAAAAGUGCCUCUAUAAACACUUGUAUAUAGAAAAGUGCCUUUUGUAAACACUUGUUUAUAGAAGAGUACUUUCUAUAGACCAUUGUCCAUGGAAGAGUGUCUUCUAUUGACAAUUGCCUAUAGAAGAGUGUCUUUUAUAGAAACUUCUUUAUAGAAAACUGUCUUCUAUAGACACUAGCCUUUAGAAGAGUGUUUUCUAUAAGCACCUAUAGAAGAAUGUCUUCUAUAGACCCUUGCAUAUAGAAGAGUGUCUUCUGUAGACACUCUCCUAUAUGAGUUUCUUAUUGACACUUGCCUAUAGACGGGUGUCUUCUGUAGACACUCUCCUAUAUAAGAGUUUCUUAUUGACACUUGUCAAUAGAAGAGUGUCUUCUAUAGAUUUUUGCCUUUAGAAGACCAGCUUAUAUAGUCACUUGCCUAAUGAAGGGUCUACAGAAAAUUCUCCUAUAGAAGACCAGCUUAUAAAAUUCUUCUAUAGACAUUUGUCUAUAGAAGAAUGUCUUCUCUACACAUUCUUCUCUAGACACUUGCCUAUAGAAGAGUUCCUUCUAAAGACACUUGCCUAUAGAGAAGUUUCUUCUAUAUAAGAAAAAUUGUUGUUUUGAAAUUUUCAUUUCCGAUAUUUAUGGACCGAUUUUACAACAUUUAAAUAAAAAAUACUUGAAAGCAUGUGUAAUAGAAAGAUUCAAGAUGUGUAUUCAGAAGAUAUCAAGAGCCCUUACAAAAUUGCUUCAAAAAACAUACGAAUUGCUAACGAUUUUAAUCCAACCAGCUUCAAACUAAUUUUUUGACAUUUUCAAUUACUAAAAAGAUAUCACUUAACAUUUACAAAAAAAUUUUUAAAAAUAACAUACAAACAUAACUUGCCAUUUUAAAAUAAACAUUAACUAUCAGGUCUGUCACACAUUCCGAUCGAAAUGGUUUCAAUUCCGUAUUAUUAUUCCGAUCAUUUUUGUUUUAGCUUCUCCAAAUUCCGAAUUAUUUCGUAAAUUGACAAAAAAUGAAUAAAAUUAUAUAGAUUUCAUUUAAAAUUGUUCUUGUUUAGCUAAUCAAAACAAGAACCAUGUUUUUAGUAAAGGUUCUUAUUAUUAAAACUAAGAAAAGCGUUAAUUACAUACAAAUAUCAAUUCCACUUCAAAAACUGAAAGUGGUUUCAUUCCGAAAGAAUUUUUCGUUUUCUUUUUUAGAAGAAGCAAAAAUACGGAAAUAAUUCCACUUUCGAUCGGAAUGAAAUUCUGUGACAGGCCUGUAUAACUUAAUAUUAACUAACAAUUAAACUCAAUUUUGUGCAAUUACUAAAAGCUGCAACAAAACAAUUAAUUAACCAAACAGUACCUUUUUUUAAAAAUAAAUACUUUAGCAAUACACCAAAAAAUAAAUAUAUAAAAAAAACAUUUUUAAUAAGUAGAAUUUAGCAAAAAAAAAAAAAAAAAAUCAACAUUUUAAAAAUACGUAUAAAACUUAAUUAGUUAAUGAGACAAAAAUUAUUAAUUUUUUAGCACAUAUCAUUAUUAACGAAAUAGUAAAAACACAAACAAUGUGUGUGAUUAACAAAUUGAAAAAAAAGCUUUAAACAAAAAGUCAUUUUUGCAAAAAAAAAUUAAUAAAUAAAAUCCUGCUUUUAACAUAAAAUUAAAAUAAUAAAAAAUUAGUUUAGAUUUUAAACACUUUUUUGAAAUAUUUAAUUAAUAUUUACUAACAAAUUAAUUUAAAAUGUAAUAACAAAUAUAAAGUAUUAACAAAAUAACAAGGCUGGGAAGGUUACCCUAUAACAUGUUGCGAUAUUAAAAUAUUUUCUAUCGUAACGCUUUACAGAGCAAUUUCCCCGUUUAUCUAAAAAAAACCUAAAAUAUUUCUAAAGCAAAAAUUUAUAAGAAAUCCUUAAAAACUAAUUUAAAAAAAGAUUUUUGUUUUUCUUAUAAAUAUUUUAGACGGAUUUUUUCGUUUGUUAUAGGUAAACAUACCCUAAUAUGACAUAUAACAAUAAAAUUGUGUAUUAUUGUAUUAUAUACUACUUAAUAAAAAGAAAAUAAACAAAAUAUUUAAUAAAUAAAUACAAAAUCAGUUAACAAAAUAAAUUAAAGAAC